UCCUUACAUGUCCCACACUGUUUUGCCUUUCAAAUAUUCCUUUCCCGAAUACAAAUAAAUGCCACCUAUUGAUUCUUCAUUCUCACUCUCCACCAUUUCCAUCCCAGACGGAAAAAUUUCUCUCGGUUUUCUCCAAUUUUCCUCCGAUUUCCUAAUGGUUCCGGAGUUAGAGAAACCUAAAGUCCUCGAGAUACAGCUUCGAAUGGACUGCAAUGGGUGUGUGCAGAAGAUCAAGAAGGCUUUACAUGGCAUCAAUGGCAUAUAUGAUCUCUAUAUCGACUUUCCCCAACAAAAAUUGACGAUAAUCGGGUGGGCAGACCCUGAAAGAAUAAUGAAAGCUAUAAAGAAGACUAGAAAGAUUGCGACAAUAUGUUCCCAUUCAGAAGCAACGGAUCCUAGCCAGCAACCACAAGAGGGUGGUGGUGGAGGACCACCCCCUGAAGCAGCAAACCCUCCCCCACCCCCACCGGAGGGUGGAGGUCCACCACCAGAAGCAGCACAACCACCUAAACCACCAAACGAGCAACAACCACCACCACCACCUGAAAACCCACCACCUCCAACUGGGAAUCCGCCACCUCCACAAAAUCCACCACCAGACGUGACACCUUCACCCAUUGCAGCUGAAACCAAUGCCAACCAACAAGCAGGUCCCUCUGGGCCAAAAGACAUUGGAGAAGUUCAUGUUAUACAUCACCAUCCUCCUAACUACGCCUACAGAUAUGGCUACGCACCCAGUUACAGUGGCUCCUGGAACAGAUACACAAAUGACCAGGGAUUACAACAAGUUGCACCCCAAGGUCCACAGCCCAUCUAUGUCACUCACAGUUACAACACUUACAGGCCAUCACCUUAUGUCACAGAAUAUGAAUAUGUCAGGUCACCACCAAGAUAUGCACACUACAGCCAGUUGAACCACUACAAUGAAGAUUAUCAUAGCAACAAUGGUUACCACAACAACAAUGGAAACAUCACAUCAAUAUUUAGCGAUGAAAAUCCGAAUGCAUGUAGGAUAAUGUAAAAGGGUUUAAGAAUUGAUGAUCAAUCUGAACAUGUUGCUGAUGUUUGGUUAGUUUGCUUCAGAGGGCGAAACUUGAAAAAGAAUAAUUAAAAAUUGACAAGAGUCCUGUGGAAGUAAUAUUUUGUAAUGAGCAUGUGAACAAUUUUAUCUAGCUAGGGAAGAAUGAGAUUCCAAGCCUGCAAGUGCUGGGAGAAUCGAUUCUGCAUUCCACUUGUAAGAUGGCUAAGACUUGGACGCCAGCUGGGUGCUUCUUUAUUGUAGAAGAAUACUUUAAAGAUGUUAUUAUAUUCUACAAGGACAAUAAUCAGCCUUCCAUUUUUGAAAA